AAAAUCAGUGCACAUUCGCCAGCGAUUUGAAACCAGCAAAUUAAGACCUACAUAAUCAUGUCCAGCGGAUUUGUGCGCAGCAGCUACAAAUUGUUCGUCGGCAACCUGCCGUGGACGAUAGGCAGCAAGGAGCUGCGGACCUACUUCUCCAAGUACGGGCACGUGGCCAACGCGGAGGUGGUCUUCGACCGGCAACUGGGCCUGUCCAAGCACUAUGGCUUUGUGGUGUUCAGCCAGCGGGAUGCCUUUAACAGCGCCAGCAACCAGAACACCCACUUCCUGGAUGGACGAGUGCUCACAGUGCAGCGGGCAAAUGAAAGUCCUCAGAGUUAAUCAAUGAACAAUUUAAUGAUUUAUUGGUUAGACCAAAAGGAAAAGCAUGAGAAAUGUUUUAGUUUUACACAAAUGAAUGCAGCACUUGCUUCAAA